CAAUCAUCAAAAGGUUUCUCAAUUAGCGUUCUAUUAGGACGGUGCGCCGUGCACCGCGUUGCCAUUGCAGUUCUGCGACGAAGUUCAUCGAGAGCGUACUGUAAAACGUCUUCGAACGAGAUUUCGAUAGAGAUCUUUCCGAAAAAUAGUCAACCCUUAAACAAGAAAACAGUAAAACCCAACCUGACCAAGGAUCAGAAUAGAUCGCAGACAGGAUGUCGUACAUCUCGCAAACAGCAUUAAUCGUCGAGGACGUAUCAGACUGAAGGCUAGUCGCGGAUCGAACGAGAUAUUGUCAGGAUGGACCGUUGGGCAGGCAAAGUGGCGGUGGUCGUUGGCGCCAGCUCCGGAAUUGGCGCGGCAAUUGCCAAACAAUUGGUGAAAAACGGUAUGCUGGUGGCUGGACUAGCAAGAAGAGUGAACAAAAUAAAGGAAAUCGCGGAUAGUCUCGAAGACUGUUCCGGGAAGCUUCACGCGGUCGAAUGCGACGUCUCCAAAGAGGAGAGCGUCGUUUCCGCUUUCGCUUGGGUGCAGGAGAACUUAGGAUCCGUGAACGUGUUGGUCAACAGUGCUGGGAUUACGAAAGAGUCUUCGUUAAUAGAUGGUAAUCUGGAGGAUUGGCGGGCAGUUCUUGACGUAAACGUGCUCGGUCUGUGUAUCUGUACGCGGGAAGCCGUUCGAAUGAUGAGGGAGGAUGGGGGAGAGGGUGUCGUGAUUAACGUGAACAGCCUCGCAGCUGAACGAGUCCCCUUUAUUCCUGGAUUUUCCAUUUAUCCAGCAUCGAAGAGGACUAUCGCUGCUCUGGCUCAAACCCUGCGGCACGAACUGACGGGAACUCGAAUACGUGUCACGGGUAUAAGCCCAGGGCUAGUUGCCACUGAGUUGAUGGUGUCCUACAGUACAUACUCCGAGGAAGCUUUAGCAUCGUUUCCGACAUUAGACCCGGAUGAUGUGGCAGCGGCAGCCAUUUACAUCUUAUCGUGUGGCCCUCACGUUGUUAUUCAGGACAUCGUGCUGCGACCACUUGGUGAAUCCUGGUAGUGAAACUAGCGGUCGCAUCGCUACGUAGCGUUCCUCUGUCUCGUUUAACGCGUUAGCUGUCGCCAUGAUGUUUGAAAACGGUUUCCCUUGGACCGUAAAUGUAAUACGUAAAUUCUUCUAUUUCUUUGAAACUUCAAUACAGUUCUACACUUCUACAAUUCCAAUUGUCAGUCUGAAAUUCGGGCGAUUGAAUUUCCCGAAGACAAGUUCGCAUUUUAUCGUUGUUUAUCCCGACACGCUUUACCUAUAUUGUUAUCAGCAGUAUGUUUUCACGUGAUACGCCAAUAUGCGACGUAACCUCUCACCUGUUAUUCAAUCGAUAAAUACAGACUGUUAAAGAAUUAACGAAAACGAUGGAGAUAUUCGAUUUGGCGGAAAAGAAGAAAGCUCUGGCACCACCGGAAAUACGUUACACGAAUCCCCAUCGGGAAGCUAUGAACGUGAGCUACACCCGUCGCUUUUCAAUGAUUACUCGUAGAAAGAAUAAUAAAAUAAAAAGUGCAACCUAGUUGCAGCCGAGGAAAUAGAAUAAACUUUACAGUGUAAACUUAUGAAUAUAAACUGUUACGUAGUCUUAAGGAAUGGAAUAAAAUUUGUGGUAGAGACUAAUCGACAUGUAACCGAAAUAUUGAAUAAAAAUCCUAUUAGACACUUCGUAAUAUCAA